UAACAUAACCCCUCCAAACCAAAGCCCCAAAACCAUAAGUUUCGUGAAUGAACCAAAUUAAAUUCUUAUACUCCAUAUUGAGCUUGAAAAGCUCCAAGAGUCCCUGGAUUAAAUUUUGAUGAAGAUGAGAAGGGUGAUGCUAAAAAGCUGAUUUGAAAAGCUAAAAGCUAAUUUUAUUUAUAAAAAAAGAAAAUAAAGUUAGAGAAAGGUGAGUACCGAAAGAUAGAUGUUGCCUUUUGUUCCUCUUCCAUGUUCUCUUCCCUUUCUCUCCAAAUCUCAACACACUACAAUCAUCAUUAGCGUUUAGAGGCUUUAACCUCAAAAGUUUUGUACAUCGUAUUACACCACACACAUAGGAAUAAAACCCUUGUGUUUCCUCUACUCUAAAAAUGUUAGGCGGUUCUUCUUCCUCAUCGGCUCCGUCGUCGGAGCACGUAAAUAUGGGUAGUCCAGCCGACAACUCUAAUAGCAGCAAGCGCAAACGCCGCCCCGCCGGUACUCCAGAUCCGGAUGCGGAAGUGGUGUCGCUAUCGCCGAAGACACUUCUAGAAUCGGACCGAUACGUAUGCGAGAUCUGCAAUCAAGGGUUUCAAAGAGACCAGAAUUUACAGAUGCAUAGAAGGCGGCAUAAGGUACCUUGGAAGCUGCUAAAGAGAGAAAAUCCGGUGGUUAAAAAACGAGUAUUCGUUUGCCCAGAACCUACUUGCCUCCACCAUGACCCUUGCCAUGCACUCGGUGACCUUGUUGGUAUCAAGAAACAUUUCCGCCGUAAACACAGCAAUCACAAACAAUGGGUUUGUGAUAAGUGUUCUAAAGCCUAUGCUGUUCAAUCUGAUUAUAAGGCUCAUCUUAAAACUUGCGGCACUCGCGGCCACUCUUGUGAUUGCGGCCGCGUCUUCUCCAGAGUGGAAAGCUUCAUCGAACACCAAGACGCUUGUCACAUGGGACGUCUCCGCUCUACCGAUCAUCAUCAACUAGGCAACAGUAAUCAAACACAUCAGCAACAGCAACAGCAACAGCAACAGCAACAGCAACAACGACAGCAGCACCAGACUGUGUGCUUGUCGCGCGCUGCUUCCAGUUCAAGCCCAUCGAAUGAUACUACUAACAAUGUGAGUGUAGCUGGUCCGUGGUGUACCACAAUAUCAAAGCCGUCGCUAACAGAGAAUCUUCAUAACUUGGAACUCCAACUCUCGGUGUCUCCCAAGGGUACAGAUCAUGAAAAUAACGAGAAUCACUCAACUCAGCUACAACUCUCUAUCGGGUCGACUUCAGACGUGGGUGAAAAGAACACUACACAAGAAACAAACUCAAACUCAAACGCAAACAACAAAGCAGCUUCAGCUUCGAGCCCUUUGAAUAAUCAGACGACGUUAACACUCAAGGAACAAGCGAGCGAGCAACUGAGGCUGGCGGUAGCAGAAAAAGCAUACGCAGAUGAUGCAAGAAGAGAAGCGAAACGACAGAUUGAAUUAGCAGAAAGAGAGUUUGCAAAUGCUAAGCGUAUAAGACAACAAGCGCAAGCGGAGUUAGACAAGGCACAAACACUCAAGGAACAUGCCAUGAAACAAAUCAGCUCCACUCUCAUGCAAAUUACAUGCCAUGCUUGUAAACAACAGUUCCACUCCUCCGCCACCACAACGACAACGACAACGACAACGACAAUGUCAUACGCUCCCCAUCUUGAAGACCAGAACAGCUCCCUUGCCGAAAGCCAGGUUGAGGAUGACAAUCUCAACUCAUAAACCUAGUUCACAUUCUUAAUUAAUAGCUAAUACAUGUUGCGUUUUACUACUGCUGCCUGCCUUCUAUAUUGUGUCGUUUUAAUUUUCUACAUAUUUCAGCUUUCAUUUUGGAGGUGUUAACCAUAAUAUAUAUAUGGAGUGGCUCCAUAAUACUUAGAGAUCAUGGGUUAGUAAGUUAGUAACAACAAUAUAUAGAUCAACUUCUUUUUUUUGGUGUGGUUUGUUGAUUAAAUUUGGUAAAAUCAUAGACUACAUAUAUAAUAAGUAGAAAAAGGGGCUUCAUUAAGGAUAUGUUUUUGUUCCUUAAUGUAUGCUAUUUUGUUUGUAAUAAAUAAAUAAAAACAUAGAAUACAUAUUAAUUAAGGUUUUGAAUAA